AAAACCACCAUUUCAUACGCCUCAAGCCUCUUUCUCCAGAGAUGUUAGUGCAAAUGGAAUAGAAUUUGUGACUUAACGGUUGCGUGCGGCGUGUGCGUGCGAGGCCGGUUUUACCGGCAGUGCUUUGGACAGCAUCACCGUGGGGCCUUGCUUGCCCCGGGAGACGUGGACCUAAGCGGGGCGGGGCGGUCCGGGAGGAAGCGGGGCUCCGGCUGUGUCAGCGCAGGGCGUGAGGACUGCCGGCUCCACCAUGUCCAAGGUCUCCUUUAAGAUCACGCUGACGUCGGACCCGCGGCUGCCUUAUAAAGUGCUCAGUGUUCCUGAAAGCACACCUUUCACAGCAGUCUUAAAGUUUGCGGCAGAAGAAUUUAAAGUUCCGGCAGCAACAAGUGCAAUAAUAACCAAUGAUGGAAUAGGAAUAAAUCCUGCACAAACUGCUGGAAACGUUUUCCUAAAGCAUGGUUCAGAGCUGAGAAUCAUUCCUAGAGAUCGUGUUGGACGUUGUUAAUAUCUGCUACUUGGAAUGUGCGAUUGCCUUUCAGAAUAAAUAUGGAUAUUGUUGUAAAAUCAAGACCAGACCUUUGAAUACUGUGGAAACAGCAGUAGUUGAUGAGAUGGUGAAAGGUGGCUGUCUCUUCUUGCUCACUCUCCUUACACGAAGAGAGAGUGAGUUCUUUUGACUUGAGGGUACAAUUGCCAUAGAAGAUCAAUCUUUCUUUGCUACCUCACAACAUACACAGGUAGUUCAUUUGGGAUAAAUGAAUUAUCCACUGUUUUUAUAAUUGUAGAAUGCUUCUGAUAAUUAUUUUGGAGAACAUUUUAAAAUGUAAAGGGACUGGAAUAUUUGUUAGAAAAUAUAAAGAAUUAUGUAUCCUACAUGGCAGUUUGAUGUAUUGAUUGUUGAUAAGAAGUUGAAUUCUUAAUUAUGUACAUUUUCUAAUAAAAAUAUUAUUAGACAGACAUAAUGGGUACUUGACUGUUUAAAGUUUUAUCAUUAGGCUUCAAAUUUCAGCAUUCAUCCAAUUUUUGAUUCAGUAUAAAAAGUAAUUACAUUUUUGAUCUAGCACUAUAAAAUUGUUAACCGCAGCAAAAGAUGUUAACUAUGAACUCCAGUACAUGUUAUGGUGAGAAUUGAAAGUAAAGCAGAAGUAUCCUUUGCUGAGUUACGAGUCCCUUUGUUAAUCUUGUUUAAUCACAAUCCAGAAAAGAGGAAUUCUCAAAGAAAAAUUGUCUUUUUUGAGGAUAUUGUUUCUAAAUAGUGUUCAGGUAAAGACAACUGUUGGGGGGGGCACUGAAUUUCAAAAGAAAGCUUAAGGAAAUGCUAAUUAACUGUCUAAUUAAUGAAGACUCAACACUUAAGUCAUUAUUAAAGAAUAGUUACAGAACCGAAGCGAUAGUACAGUGCAUAGGGCACUUGCUUUGCAUGCUGUUGACCUGUGUUCAAUCCCUCGCAUCCCAUAUGGUCACCUGAACACAGAGCCAUUAGUAACUCCUGAGCACUGCUGGAUGUGAUCCCAAGACAAAAUUUUAGAAAAGGAAUAAUUAAAAUAUUGUAUUAGAAAUACAGGACUGGGUUGAUGGAGAACAAGAAAGAAAUGAAAAAGUGAAGAACAAAGUUACAGCAAAAUGUCACAGUAAAAGUAAAAGCCAAUACAGUACAUAAAAUUGCAGAGGGCUUUUGGGAAUACAAUAUUUAACAUAGAUAUAUAGAGCAGAAGAUUAUUGGUGAAAACCAAAGUUUUAGGCAUUUCAAACAAAGAUAUCACAGUGAUCCAGAACCAGUGCACGCCCUGCUUCAUGCCUCUAGGCAGACCUGUGUUGGUCUCGAUCUUUCUAGAUCUAAAGAAUAAUAACUUUUCAAUAUCUAGUGUGGAUUAUUUGUGAAUAAGGUAUCUUUUGUAAUAAGUAUUUACCCAAGUGUGUUGCAAUAGCCUCCCUUCCAUAAUUACUAAGUACUGAUAAAAAAUUGGCAGGGACAUGGGUUAAAGAGGGAAUAUACUAAAGAGAAUCAUUAUCUGAAGGUGACAUUGGUAGCUAUGUUUAAAAAAUUAACCAGGGGGUUGGAAUGAUAGUACAAUGGAUAGGGCAUUUAAAUACGGUUAACCCGGGUUCAAUUCCUGGCUCCAGUAUGGUCCCCCAAGCACUGCCAGAAGUAGUUCCUGUGUGCAGAGCUAGGAGUAACCCCUGAGCAUCGCAGGGUAGCGUGGUAGCACUGUCAUCCCGUUGUUCAUCAAUUUGCUCGAGCAGGCACCAUAUAACAUCUCCAUUGUGAGACUUGCCAAUAUGCCAAAAACAGUAACAAGUCUCACAAUGGAGCAUCGCAUGGUGUGAUGCAAAAAGCCAAAAAAAAAAUAAGUAGAUGUACUUCAGUUUGACAGGAAACAGCUGGAUUCUGAACUUGAAAGGAAAAAUAAUGGUUGAGAUAGGAAAAAUACACUAUUGAUAUAUAGGGGAAAUUAUAUUUUUAUACACAAUUUUAUGUUUGAAUCCCUGGUGUUUAACAAUAUUAAGUUUCAUCCAAAUGAAUGCCUAUUCCCUGAAAUUUUUAUUUAGGUUUCUCUCAUUCUAUUGCUCUCACAAACCCUGUUUCAUUUCAAAAAAGGUCAUUUUGUCCAAUAUCAUGUAAUUUGUAUAAUUUUUUUUCAGUGUUUGAAAAAUGUUUUGUAUUUCUCAAAAACAUUUCUUAACCCAGACAUUUUGUUUUUAAGUGUAAUCUGUAAAUUCUUUGUGCAGAACAUUUUAAAGUAUUGAAAUGCAUGACUGAGCACAUAGUUAACAUCGUAUGAAAAUACAUUUUUGUUGCACAAUAAUUGUUAUGUCUCCUUUUUUAUUGGAGUUCUUUGCACACUUGAGUCAAUGUUCAACAAAUGUAGUACAAAAGUGAAAAGAGGGAAUGCAAAGAUGAUGAAUGAUUGUGGAUGAUCAUAGAAAUGAGCUAAUUUCAAAUGCCAGUUUAUAUUACAAAAAUAUAAAGGUUGUAUCAAUUGUACAGACUAGUAUUUCCUGAACCUGGGUAAUUAUCAGUAAAACCUACAGAAAAAAAAACCACAUAAUUUUAGAAACCACCCUUCAAGUAUGUCUCAUUAAGUCUAUAACAGCGUAUGUGAUCUCUGUUUAGAAAAAGCAUUUCAUUUUGUAGCUGUAUUUGAGAAUUAAUAAAACCAACUUGUUUACUUUGUAGA